CAUUCUUUGUUAUAUAUUUUCGAUAAUUGAUGGUCACGGACUUAAACAUUCUUCACUGUAAUUGUAUCUGUGCCUGUAAACUGAGCAAACACUGAGCACUCAUCUGAAAAUCUUAUUUAGGCAGCAGGGUUCCAGAUGAGCUUAAUUAUGUUCAUUUUAAUUUAUGUAAUUUAAUUGCUACCAUUUUGGUAGGAAAAAUACUUGUUAAUUCACUUUUCUAGUUAGUAGUAGCUUCUAAAGCAAGCCUUAUUGUUAUAAUUAUGGGGAAAAAAGUCUUUGUGGGAGCCAGACAACAUUUUCUGGUUUGAGACUCAUCUCAAAAGCCCCACUGAGGAUACCAAUGUCAUCCAGAUCUGGCAGCACAAGAGAGUAUGAAACUAGUUACCAGUCGCCCAGUCGUUCAGCUUCCCCACCAGUCCCAGGGUCUAGUGAGGCUGAAGGCUUGAUAUUUUAUCACAUGGAUCUUUAUGGAUCAAAGGAGAGGUUUGAUAUCUUUCCCGAAGAGCCAUCUGGUCAAGAAGACAGAUCUCUGGGGGAUACCAGAAAGGAAUCUGCAUUGAGUAGCGAAAAAUUUCAGCGCUCGCAAGAAGCUGGAUAUGACUUGGAAAAGGAGGUUGCAGAGUUGGCUAAGAUGUAUGGACUUGAUGAGGAUAGAGAAAAAGAGCUUGAGCUUCUUGGAGGACAUCUGGAGAUGGUGGAAAGCAGAUGGCCACCUGCUCGCACAGAAGAAGCAGGAUCACAAGGCUCCAUAUAUAAUGCAUCAAAAAGCAGCUCUCCAGUGAAAGAUCAAAGUCAAAGCACAAAGCAGCAGGGAUUUCCUGGUGAGGCUUCUCAAGAUGAAGAUCAGAGCAAAGCCAGAGCAGAGGAUGAGGCUGAGCGCCACACAUGGUCCAGAGAGGGGCUUAGCAGUGGCGGCAUGUCGGAUGAGUGGAGCAGUCAGGCUGUCAGUGAGGAGGAGGAAGCAGCAAAUGUUUUUUGCUCUACCUGCAAGAUGCCAAUCCGAGCUUUUGACAAACUGUUUGGUGAACACAAGGAUCAUGAGGUGGCACAGCUCCCCAGUGCUGUGGAAAGCGAAAGGGAGGAGAUUCAUAAAAAUAUGUGCAAGUUGGAAGAGCAGAUUGCUCAGAUGGAAAACUUUGCCAGUCACUUGGAGGAAAUCUUCAUCACCGUAGAGGAAAACUUUGGGAGGCAGGAGCAGAACUUCGAGGCACAUUACAACGAUGCAGUGCAAGUGCUUGCUCAGAAGUACGAAGAACAGUUGGAAGCACUGGGGGAAGAGAAGAGGCAGAAGCUGGAAGCUUUAUAUGGGCAGCUGGUCAGUUGUGGGGAACGUCUCGACACCUGCAAGGAGCUGACAGACACAACCCAGGAGCUUUACCUGGAAAAUGACAAAGCCAAUUUUAUGAAGGCAGCAGUAACCAUGGUUGACAGGCUAGAAGAAUUCUUAAAGAAAGAAGUGGAUUUAGAGCUUUCAACACUGCCAGACUUUGAAGAGCGGGUCAUAGAUUUCUCUGAAGUUGAACAACUGAUGAACUCCAUUAAUACUAUUCCAGCUCCUUGUGCCCCUGUGAUCAAUCCCCAGGCUCCCAAUGCAGCAACUGGCACCUCACUGAGAGUUUGCUGGGGCCUCUUCUCAGAUGACACUGUUGAGUGCUACCAACUGUGCUAUAAACCAGUGAGCAACGAGAAGCACAGCGAUGAACAAGCAGAGCAUACGCUAAAAGUCAAAGAAACAUACUGCACCAUUACUAAUUUGUUGCCGAAUACACAGUAUGAAUUUUGGGUCAGUGCUUUAAAUGCCUCUGGUAUCAGUCCACCAAGUGAAAGAGCAGUUUAUGUAACAGCUCCUUCACCACCUACCAUAAAGAGUAAAAAGAUCCGAAGCUGUGAAAAUGCAGCACUGGUGUGCUGGGAAUCUAGAGACAUUAACCCUGUUGAUUCCUAUAUGGUUGAAUUGUCCAAGCUGACAGAUGAAGAAAAUGGCGAUAUUAUUACUGAAUCUAUUGUUGGGAUUCCUAACUGUGAAGUCCUAAUUCACCUCCAGCCAACACAAAGCUAUCGCAUCUGUGUUAGAGCCCUAAACCUGGGUGGUUCCAGUGAAAGAAGUGAACCUGUCCUGAUACACACCACAGGCACCUACUUCUGCCUUAACGAGGACACAGCCCAUCCUUUACUGGCAAUUCUAGAUGAUGGAUUUACAAUUGCAUGCGAUGAACUGGAAAACCCGGAGUGUGAUCUGCCUGUCUAUGAUAACAGCUUUACAAGGUGUAUUGGGAUCCUGGGAAGUCUGAUCCCAUUUCCAGGAAAGCAUUACUGGGAGGUGGAAGUUGAGGAAGAUACAGAGUACAGAAUCGGCGUGGCUUUUGAAAACACUCCGAGACAUGGUUAUCUGGGGGCAAACAACUCAUCCUGGUGCAUGAGGCAUAUCAUCACUCCAUCGAGGCACAAGUACGAAUUCCUGCACAGCGGGAUGACGCCAGACGUCAGAAUUACUGUCGCCCCCAGAAGGAUUGGCAUCCUGCUCGACUACGAGAACUGCAGACUGUCAUUUUUCAAUGCAGAUAUUGGCCAGCACCUUUACGCGUUCAACUCACACUUCCAGCAUUACGUCCACCCCUGCUUUGUUUUGGAAACACCUGGUAUCCUACGGAUACAUACUGGAAUUGCAAUACCCCCGUGGACUGCCCUCCCAUAACCUGUGUUCUGCAGCUGCCACAUCUACACGUAACCUGCAUUGAGCAAUGCCCUUUCAGCAUUAACUGCUCCAUCACGCUCCCUAUAAACCAGCUGCCUCCCAAGAAAGAGAACAAAGCAACCCUGACCCAAACCAGCUGCCAGGUCUGAGCCCUUACGACAGUUUCUGUCCUCUUAGGUAGGGUCUUAGCAGAAAACCAUUAUGGUCACAAGAUCCAUCAGCAUCCCAGAAUUCUCCAGUUAGAAAUGGAUACCAUCCUUCUCAGAGCUGACACUGUCACCAAGCAGCAGUGGCAGCUGCAUCACUGGUUCCCUCAGGACCCAUUUGAUGCCUAGGGAACUCCCCUGUUCCAGAGCAAUCAUUAAUUCCACUCUUGUGUCUGCUGUGGAACUAAAAAUUAAAACAAAAAUAGCAAAAGGCAUUAUCACUGCACAGCUGCUAGACAGAGCUGAAAACACUCCAGCCAUGAAGCUGAUCUCACAAUCACGUAUUCUUGUCGCUACAUGAAGUCUGUGACACAAGAUAAUCAAGUACGCCUCCCUUGUGUGUGAACUGUUAGCGCCUACCACACACUUUUUGAAAUACCCAAGCAUGCUCUACAGUCUCAAAUAUUAAAAGACAUUUUUACAGAAUGCCCAUGCUCUCAUUCAUCCAUCCAGGGAAAAAACAAAACACAACCUGAGGCCUUUUGCAGUGCUUGAUUGCCCCUGUAGGGAAAUCUAAAGCACCAUUUUUAGCUUGUUCUUUUUGGCCACGCUCACCUCCACCUGGGUGUAUCCUCCACACUCGCAGAUCUGUUCUCCCCCUCGGCACCGAGAACUUCUCACCCCUGAUGCUGUGUCCUUGAAGCUUUGCGUGUCCGGUGGGGGCUGGCCCAGCGCUCAGCUGAAAUGCCCUUCUUCAGGCUUCAUUUCCAGACACCAGAUAAUCAGACAGGCACUGCCUGUCAAGCAGGCUUGUCUAGCUCUAAACAGCCUCAUUUCUGUAUGUCAAAACUACCUGAAUUCAAUCAAGAGGCAUUAACAGACAAGUUUUUCCACAGAUUUAUUGCACAUUCAUUACAACAAUCAUUGGUUCAAGUUUCCAUUCUAGGGCACAGUCAGGAACAGGCGGCAGCCUCUACAAUAUACAGGGUGCCUACAAAGAAACAGAGCCUGGCAAAACUGAAGAGAUUUGAUGUAGAACCGUGUGCCAAAAGCUUGUCUGUUCUUCCCCAGAUAGCUUAAAAAAAAAAGUCUCCCCAAAACAGGCUUUGCAGAAACCAUAAAAACAGGAGCUGAAUACGUCAUGACGGCAGCAAUUAGUACCAUCUUCUCUUGGGUAUCUAUUUGUUUUGCAAGCCUCAAAAGAAGAUGGGUUUAGCGACGCUCAGCUAUGCAAGUACAGUGUCAUUUCUUAGCCUACCAGGAAUUCAGAGAUUUCCAGGGCAGAAAGGGUCGUUACGGUCACUUUGUCAGACACCCUGUAAGGCAGGCCAGAGACUUUCAGCUGCUGUCUCGCAGCGAGCACAACAACUCGUGUCCAGCAGAAGCAGGUGACUCAGCCAGCAACCACUGCCAAUGCAGAGGGCAGGAGGUGGCCACGUGAGCCCUGCUGACAUUGGCAAGGCCGUACCAGAGAACAGCACCUAAGGUGUACGGCUCCUCUGCCGGGGAAUGAAGUGGUGAGAUAGCACCACCCAAGUUGUUUUAACACCUUUUUUUUCUUUGCUUAAAAAUGUAUGCCUUGAUGCAGGGUCCAACUUCCACCCACUGUUUUACUUUUAUCUGCCAAAAAUCAAGAGCCACACUCUUCUUUUCAAGUAGAUAUCGGAAAGAGUAAAACACGCAAGUAUCAGAGCAGAGGUAUGAGGACGUCUGAACCUCCCAACAAAGCCUUUAAUGCAGAAAGACUGCUGGUGAACCCGACGAUUCUGAGGAAAGCAGAUGUUCUGUUGUGAACGGUCCCCACCGCUCCCCACCAACAGCUUUCACCUCAAGUGUUUAAACCAUACCUGUAUCCUGGCGCCAGGACUAGCCGUUCACCUCGGAUGAUCUAAGAACCCAAUCCAAACCAUUUCUCAACUGGUGAACUGCCCUGGGAGUCCCCGGGACUUCACAACCCUCCCACAGGACUGCUGCAAGGACAGAUUUUCUGAGCCAAAUGCGAGGUGAUCGGACACCCUUGGCGUGGGUACCAAACAGCUCUGUCAUUACGUUGCCAGCUUGAUGAAUCUGUUGGAGGAUGCAGGCCUGAUGGCCGAGUACGGAGCAGCCUGCACAGCAGAAUAUGACUCAGUGGUCAUCGCCAGGCGUGGUACAGGACAGCUAAGGCAGCAACAGAACUCUCUGAAAAAAGAACAAAUAAGCAGUAAUUGGCUACUAGGUUAAAAACGAUAUGGGAAAUGAGUCUGCAUGUUUCUGUUUAAUAAAAGCUUCACCUG